AGCUUUCAGCCUUCUUUAAAAGUCAUGGAACAACGUACACAAUUUUGUCUUUUAGGAUUGGUAUUCUUUUUGUUUUACUGUUCACUUUGCGAACCUAGAAAGCUUGAGGGCUAUGAAUUCCCGGUAUUUUCAACUGAAAGCUGUCCCCGAAAUAAUGCUGAGUGGAACGAGAGAUCUUCUAUUAUCAACUGUACCCAGAGUAAUGGCUACACAUGUUUACCUAACGAAAACUUCACAGAGCUGUUAGAGUUUUGUUACGUGUAUCCUCGGAUAUUAAUUACAAAAGGCAUAUGCCUUUACCUUUACAAACGAUACUCGAGAGUAUAUUCAUACAACUGCAGUCACUUCAGAUAUGGAUGUCCUGAUUCCAAUUACUUUACAUCUGAAGUAUAUAAUUAUCCAACUUGUAUAUCUAUUAAAGAUGGAUGUUUCCUUGCCGAGCCAUCUUGUGAGAGCACAACAAUAACUUAUCCAAAGGAAACUUACCGGGAAUGGAGUGACAGUUCUACUAUAACAUACAAAGAAACUACGAAACAUAUACAUGUACAGAAUAAGCUUUCCAACGACAGAUUCAUCGAGAUUCUUUUAGGAGCAGUUAUCUGCAUUUUGGUUGUGUCAUUCUCCAUCAUUUUGUAUAUCUGCCGUAGAAGAAGAAAUUUCUUAAAGGGGAAAAAAGAGCCUGAUAUAGAGAUUAAUAACGACGAACUAAAUCCAUUCAUUGAAAACCUAAAGCUAUAUACUGUGGAUACAACCAAGGAAGUAUUACGCUUUGAAAAUGCAGUUCUUGAUCAAUGGAGAGAGGACGACACCUUCUUCUUUUCAACCAGAGCAUGUAAAGAAGUCGAGAGCAAAAUAAAAAACCAAAACCUGGUGAUUGUGACAGGACACUCCGGAUCCGGAAAAUCUGCCAUUAUUCAACAUAUUGCACUCAAGUACAAGGAUCAGGGCUGGAUUGUGAAACCAUUGAAAGGUGUGAUGGAAAUGAGAAAAUACAUCUUAGAACAAGAAUGUAAUUUGAACUCUACAAUAUUAGUACUUAACGAUCCUAUUGGAAAAGAUUCAUUCGAUAAAGCAUCAUAUCUUUCUUGGAAAGAAUCUGAACACGAAAUAUCUACCUUUUUAAAAAAGGGAAAACUUCUUAUUUCUUGUAGAAAUUAUAUUCUUUUUGAUAAUGAAGUGAAAGGAGUUUUAAAGGAAAAAACAAAUAUCGUAAACAUCGAAGAUGUCAAGUAUAAAUUAACAAAUGAAGAAAAACGAAGCAUUUGGAACAAAUAUAUGUCAAAUGAGAAAAUAUCUGAGGAGGAUUUUACCGAAAUUCUAAAUAUUGAAGCGUAUUUUCCGUUAUUGUGUAAACUUUUUUCUUCUGACAUAAAAUAUCAAAGUAACGGAUAUAGAUUUUUUCAAGAGCCCGUAAAUGUCGUUGAAGAGCAAAUAAGAUGUUUUAGAAAGGAGGACAAAGGGAAGUACUGCGCCCUUGUUCUUCUUGUUCUUUUUAAUAAUAACUUCUGCUGUGAUGAUGCAAUGAGGAAUAAACGCUCAAGAUCCAAAUUUAAACGUGCAUUGACCAUUUGUGGAUUGUCGCAUGAUACCCCACCUUAUGAUAUUGGUGACAAUCUUGACCUUCUGAAGGGAUUUUUUGUCAAAAAAAUUGGCGACGCUUAUGAAUUUUAUCACGAUUUCGUAAUGGAGAUGACAAGUUUUAUUUUUGGAAAGGAUCAUCCAGCAGAAUUGAUACAAUAUGCCGAUAUCAGGUUCCUUCUUAGACGUGUAACCUUAGACAAUGGGAUUGAACAGAAUCGACCGUUUACCAUAUAUUUAAGUGAUAAAAGGAAUAUAGACAUACUUGGAGAGAGGUUUUUUAAGGCCCUUCUCAAAGAAUGUUAUAUAGAUGUUAUACUUCAUCCUGCUUUAAGGGAUAAAAGAUUAAUAGAAGUACUACAAAAAAAAUUCGAAAGACACCCAGAAAAGCUACAAGAGCUACUUCAAACCAAAAAGAGUAUGUAUGAUAAUCAUAAACUGUACUGGCCGAUUACAAAUGACUGUGCUAAUGUGAACAUGAAAACAAAGGAUGAAAAAAGCCGGACUCCCUUAAUGUUUGCUGCAAGUCGAGACAAUGCUGAACCUAAAGACGAUAUUUAUAACAUACUUGUCAGAACGGACAUGAGGAAACUGUACGAACUUUGCUCAAACACGGUGCUGAAGUUAAUUUAUGUACCAGUUCUGGAGCCAGUCCUCUAUAUAUAG